AUGUCUACGAGCAACAAGGAACCGAUUGCAUCGUCCGGAGCCCUCCUGGAGGGGGAUACUGUGGACCGGACCAUUCUGAAAGCCGCUCCGUUGGCCAAGGACAACCCGGUCAGUGCCAAUCCGCACAUUCCGUCCGUCUCGGCGUCGGCCGUACUCGGCGAGAGUUCGACCAUGCCGGAAGGAUCCACGCAAUGUCGAGGAUUUGAUUUUAAUAGCACGCUCAACAACACGAGUAAGGAUGUAUUGGAGGGACUCUUGAAAGCAUUCACCACCACGGGAUUUCAAGCGUCCAACGUGGGACUCGCCGUGGAACAAAUUCGUCGGAUGCGCCAAUGGCGCUUGAGCGAUACGGAAUGGAAAGAAGGAGACGAUGAAGCUCUCAAGCCAAUAGAAGUUCGACAACGGAUUCGGGCCCGUAUUUUUCUCGGUUACACAUCGAAUCAAAUAUCGUGUGGCCAACGCGAAGUUAUUAAAUUCUUGGUCCAGCAUAAAAUGGUCGAUGUCCUCGUCACCACGGCAGGAGGGAUUGAAGAAGAUAUCAUCAAAUGCUUUGAACCCACAUUCAUGGGAGAUUUCAAAUUGAAUGGACGGGAGUUGAGGAAAAAGGGAAUUAAUCGAAUUGGAAAUUUGUUGGUCCCCAACAAGAACUAUUGUGACUUUGAAGACUGGAUGUCCCCUCUCAUUGACAGUAUGCACGAUUACCAGGACCAACAAUGGAAGGAAUGGGCUCAAAAGAAGCAAUCAGCCAAUAACAAUGGCGACGAUGAUGACGACAAUACACCACCGUUUGUUUGGACACCUUCCAAAGUCAUUCGCAAAAUGGGGCUCGCCAUAAACAAUCCCGACAGUGUCCUCUAUUGGGCGGCCAAACACAACAUUCCCGUAUUUUCACCCGCACUGACCGAUGGAUCGGUCGGAGACAUGCUCUACUUUCAUUCCUACAAACGACCCGGAUUUAUUCUGGAUACCAAUCACGAUAUUCGUGCCAUGAACGAUUUGGCCGUACAGAGUCAUCAUACGGGCAUGAUUAUUCUCGGCGGCGGAUUGGUCAAACAUCACAUUUGCAAUGCCAAUUUGAUGCGCAAUGGGGCCAAUUUCGCAGUGUUUAUCAAUACCGGACAAGAAUACGAUGGCAGUGACAGUGGCGCAUCGCCCGAUGAAGCACUCAGUUGGGGCAAAAUUGCCAUUACGGCACAACCCGUCAAGGUGUGCUGCGAUGCAUCCAUUGCCUUUCCACUCAUUGUCAGUCAAACGUUUGCCAAGAAUGUCGACGAAUGGAAGGAGCAGACCAAAGAUACCGUCUGUUGGAUUGAUGAUUUGGAUUCGACAACAUCCACUACAACUACAUCGUAA